AUGAAUACUAGUACAAGCGAUCAAGAAUACUAUAAACAUGGAUAUGAUAAUUAUGUAGCUAAGACACACGAGUGGAGAACUGCUAAAAAUUGUUCGGCCUAUAUGCUUUCAGUUAUCAAACCAACGGACAAGAUUUUAGAUGUUGGUUGUGGUCCAGGAACUAUUACUUGUGACUUGGGUACAUAUGUUCCCCAAGGAAGUGUUAUAGGAGUAGAACCUACGAAGGAAAUAAUUGAGGAAGCUAGUUCGAAGAGUGCUGAGAACGGAAUAAAAAAUGUCAAAUUUGAAGUGGCAUCUGUGUACAAGUUACCAUACAAAGAUGAUACGUUCGAUAUUGUUCAUUCACAUCAAGUAAUUAUCCAUUUGAAGGAUAGAGUUGAUGCAAUAAAGGAGAUGAAGAGGGUGACUAAACCUAAUGGAUAUGUCUGCUGUAGAGAAGGAGAUAUGGAAUCAGUUAUAGUAUAUCCAACAAACUACGAUAAGAUUAGGGAAUAUUUUACCAGUGCGGGUUUGAGUGGAUACACAAGUACUACAUGCGGUAGAAGAUUACGGGAGUUAGCACUAGACGCUGGAUUCAAUUCAGGUAAUAUAAAUUCAACGGCUUCGAAUUGGUGUAUCUCAAAUGAUGAUACUAGAAAGUGGUUUACCAAUAUGUAUAUUGAAAGGUUAGAACGCUCAAAGCAAUGGAUAGGAAAGGAUGAUACUAUAAGGAGUGAGAUUGUAAAAUCUAUGAAAGACUGGAGCUCCGAUGAGAAAGGAUGGUUAACUAUGAUACACGGUGAAAUUGUUUGCCAGAAGCAAUGA